AUGGCGCUCAGCGUCGAUCAAAAGCGCCUGAAGGCGACGAAGUUUCCGCCGGAGUUUAACCAGAAAGUCGACAUCCAGAAAGUCAACAUCGACUUGAUCAAGAAAUGGAUUGCAGGCAAGAUCACCGCGAUCCUCGGCGACGACGACGAGAUUGUUGUCGAGACUUGCUACAAUCUGCUCGAGCAAGACCAAUUCCCCAAGAUCAAGGAAAUCCAGAUUCAGCUCACUGGCUUUCUCAACAAGGAUUGCCCCGCCUUCUGCAAAGAGUUGUGGGGCCUGAUGCUCAGUGCGCAAGACAGUCCUGUGGGCGUUCCUAAGGAGAUGUUGGAGGCGAAAAAGUUGGAGCUGCAGCAAGAGCAGGUACGCCGUUCAAGCGACCCUGGUACCGAAUGUUCCUGA